UGUCAGCUAUAGCAGGAGUCCUCUGCAGAGUACCAACCAGCUCGACAGAGACACCCGGAAGGCACGAAAGUCAAUUUGAGAGGGCAGCAUGAAUCGCUUUAAGACCUCAAAAUUCAAAAACACCACUCCGAAAAUUGCCAAGAAAGAUGGAUGGAUCAACAAUGUCCGUGCUGGUUCCUCCUCCUGCCAGGGGAACCACAUCAAAGCAAACUCCAAGCUCGUGGCCUUCAACACAGAUCAGGCUGGUGGAGGUAUGCUCGGUCUGUCUUCAAUCAAACCUGGUUCAGAUGGCCAGUGGACAGUCUCCCAGAUUUCCUGCCAUUCUGAUCUAGUGACUGAUAUGGACUUUUCUCCUUUUGAUGAGAGUCUCCUGGCAACAUGCUCUGGGGAUGAAACGGUGAAGCUGUGGCAUUUGUGUGAUCCAGAGCUGGAACAGCCCACUAGUCCAGAGCUGACCCUGCGUCCAGGUCAGGGUAGGCUGGAGCUGGUACACUUCCACCCCACCUCCUCUGGCUUGCUGGCUGUCGGGACUCCUAAGUCAGCUCUGAUUUGGGACACCAGCCGCCAAGAUGCACCGUUAGCAGUUCUGGAGCAGCACAGUGACCAGUUGCAGAGUCUGAGCUGGAAACAGGACGGCUCCCUGCUGGCUUCCUCCUGCAAGGACAAGAUGUUGCGAGUGUUUGACCCCAGAGCCCAGCUGACACCUGUUCAAAGUGCCAAGAGUCUUCAGAACAACAAGGAUUCACGCAUCGUGUGGGCUAAAGACGACCUUUUACUGACCACCGGCUUUGAUAUGAUGCGUAGCCGGGAGGUGAGGCUUUGGGACAGCAGGAAGCUGAGCUCUUCUGUCAGCUCUGCGUCUCUCGGUACUUCCAGCGGGAUGCUGAUCCCUCUGUUUGAUGAAGACACUGGUCUGCUCAUACUGGCUGGCAUGGGAGACACAGUGGUCGAUUGCUUUGAAGUCUCUUCCUUUGAGCCUUUCCUCUCUCAAGUGAGCCACUGUCUUACCGAUACCUCCACACGGGGGGUUGCCAUGGUUCCUAAGCUGGCGUUGGAUGUGAUGUCCUGCGAAGUUAUGCGUGUGCUGCAGCUGACAGACAGCUGCAUUGUGCCAAUCAGCUAUCAAGUCCCUCGCAAGCAUUCAGGCCAAGAGUUUCAUGAUGAUCUUUACCCAGUCACAGUGGGUACUAUUCCAGCCAUGUCCGCUGAGGAGUGGUGGCAGGGAGGGAACAAGCAGGUGGAGAGAGUCAGCCUCCACCCAGACAAACGGCCCAAACCAAAGGCUCCACCAGCAAAACAGAUGCCUGCAAAGAAGGAAGUGGCCAGUGGGGGGAGCAGAGAAGAUCCAGCUCAUGGCUGCUCCACCUCCAGUAGUCCUCUGAGCACUCCCAGCAGCAGUGCUGUCCCAUCCCGCUCUCCUUCCUCCACCUCUGGCCUCUCUUCAGGCUUCCUCCCCAGCCCCAGUCCCAGCCAGGGUUCCAAGGCCAUCCAGAGCCUGCUGGGGCCCACCUCCAAGUUCCGUCACAUCCAGGGUGCAGUGAUGCACCGGGACACGCACAUCACCAAUGUUCGAGGCCUGAACCUGACCACACCAGGCGAGUGUGAUGGCUUCUGUGUCAACCGCCAACGUGUGGCAGUGCCCCUCGCCAUCUCUGGGGGCCAAAUCGCAAUCCUUGAGCGCUCUCAGCCUGGCAGGCUCCCAGACACGGCCAUGCCCACCAUCCAGAACUCUGUAAAUGUGGCUGACUUCUCAUGGGACCCCUUUGACACACAGCGGCUUGCUGUGGCUGGCGAUGAUGCUAAGAUCCGGGUGUGGCAGGUACCAAAGGAAGGGCUGAAAGAGACCCUGACUGAGCCUGAGCUCAUCUUGCAAGGCCACACAGAGAAGAUUUACUCAAUCAAGUUUCACCCUCUGGCCAGUGGACUCCUGGUGUCUUCAUCCUACGAUCUCACAGUCAGACUGUGGAGCCUGGAGAGCGGAGAGCAGGUCAAACUCCUCACUGGACACCAGGACCAGGUGUUUGGUAUGGCAUGGAGCCCAGACGGUAAACUCUUGGCCACAGUGUGCAAAGAUGGGAAAGUUCGCAUCUAUGACCCUCGCAGGUCCACUACACCUGUGCAGGAGGGCCCAGGUCCUGAGGGCCCCAGGGGAGCUCGUAUAGUGUGGGUGUGUGAGGGCAAGUACCUGCUGGUGUCAGGAUUUGACAGUCGCAGUGAGAGAGGACUCUACCUGUACUCUGCAGACUCCCUGUCCUCUGGAGCCAUAACCAGCGCUCAAGUUGACGUCUCCCCCUCCACACUCAUCCCUUUCUAUGACCCUGACACCAGUGUCGUCAUCCUCACUGGAAAAGGUGAUACCAGAGUGCAUAUUUAUGAGAUAGUCCCUGAAGAGCCAUACUUCAUUGAGUGCAGCAGUUUUAACUCUCCUGAGCCACAUAAGGGCUUGGCCUUUCUGCCCAAGACAGAGUGCAAUGUGCGUGACGUGGAGAUAGCUGUAGGACUAAUGCUCACCAAGACAACCAUAGAGCCAGUGGUGUUCAGGGUGCCACGGGUCAAGAAAGAGUUUUUCCAGGACGACGUGUACACAGACACGGCAGUGUGGUGGGAACCAGCCCUGACCGCCUCUGCCUGGCUGUCAGGCUCCAACGGCCAACACAAAAAGAUCAGCCUGAAGCCCAAAGACAUGACACCAGUGAGUGAGGCUCCCAAAGAGGCUCCAGUUAGGAAAUACCUGCCCUCGUCUGUUUACCUGGAGGAGAAAACUGAUGAACAGAAGAAAGAGGAGUUGCUGAGUGCCAUGGUAGCCAAGUUGGGGAACAUGGACGACCCACUGCCACAGGAGUCCUUCGAGGGGGUGGACGAGGACGAGUGGGAUGACUAAAGGGGACGUUGUCUUGCCUUUGGUUCAAUCGUGGUGCCAACAAACAGAGAGGAGAGACCAGUCUUCACGUCGCCACGCACGUGAGCAACAGUGCCACCCAGACGUCCUCUGAGUUAAAUCUGCUAACAUCUCAGUCUACUGCACAAACAAAGAAUAUUGUACAAUGUGAACCAAUCUCCAGCAAAGUCAACAUACAUCCUGACUGGGUGGUAUGGGGAAAAAAAAAAUCUCAAUAACUAGACCUCCUGAUAUGAGUACUGUAUGCAUCACAAUAUCUGUUUAGGUUUGGGGAAAUCAAUUGUCACAAUGUGUAGUUGAUGUUCAUCAUAUCAAGCUGCAUGAAAUUUGAUAUGAAAAUCAUUUUCAGCUGGAAUUCGUAAAUAUUUAAAUGAUAUUUCAUAUCAUUUUUGGAUAAAUCAGACUUUGGAACAGCUUUCUUAUGUUGAUGUAGACUAUAAAAUUAUGUCACACUGUUGUUGAUAUUUAGAAAAAAAUCCCACCAUAUAAGGUGAUACAAAAUAAUCCUCAGUAAAUACAUAGAAAUCAUAUAUCAGGACAGUUCAAACAUAUUUCUGAUAAACCUAGGUCAGUGCAAAGUGAAUAAAACUGCAGGCAACCAUAGCAAUAACACCUCUGCUUUAUGCUACUUUACCAGGUAACUCUCAGUGUUGAAAACAGACAACUAUGGGUUACACUGAGUGUAAACAGCUUUUUUAAAAUAAUGGAUGAGUAUUUAAGCCAAGCUUCUGUUUAUAUCUACGGUAAGUGGCAUGACAAUACUCUCUGAGUUGUCCUGAUAUAAAACAUAAAGGUUUCCUCUUGUGCUCAGUCUGUAAUUAAAAAAAAAAAAAAAAAUCAAUCAGGAUACCUCUUUGU